CAAAAGUAUUUAGUAUAUUGUAACCUAUAAUCAAACCCAAUUUACAUGAGGGAGAAACAGGCAUGACAUUUUGUGUCAGUGUUUUGCUGCCCAUUUUGAUAACGAUAUGUAGUUUUAUGCUUCUGUAUAAAUAAAGAUACUUAUCAAGGCCAAAAAGCUAUGGCAAAGAAGAAACGCUUACGACAACAGUUGACAGCAAAUAGGGAGACUGUCAACAAAGACGUUAAGACUGUGUCAGGAGGUCUGGCUACACCCAUCAAACCUGUGAACAUUUUACCACCAGGGCCAUUAAAAAAGUCUGAAAACAAUGUUCAAUCAUGUACCAGUGCUGCAAGUGGAACAUCAAGAAUGGAAUACAUGAAUACAUAUGAUGAUGUGUUAAAGGUUCCUCAUUCAACUCAACCUGAAACUCCUUCAUCUGUUAGCCAUGGGAAACCACCUAGCAUUGAAGUUAUAGAUGAAGACAUAGAAACCCCACAGCAGACCCAGGUGGUGUUAGGAAAAAGACUCAAGGAUCCCAAAUUAAUUUCAAGAAUAAUAGAGUAUCUUGAGAAUCGCACAAACAAAAAAGCCAUUUCCUUUUGUGCCAUGACAGACUAUCUUCAAAGCAAGUACCUGGAAUACAGACGGAAAAAGAGAGCAGCAUUCAAGAUAUAUGUUGAGAAAGCCUACUCUAUGUGGGCAUCAGAGAAUCUUGAAAGUGAGAACUCCACGAGUGAAUCCGACACGGACAUCUGUGACCCUUCAGUAGGGGAUGGUCCUGACGUUCUCAAAGAGUACAAGGAUACAAAUGCCAUGAACAGCAUGAUGUCUAACAUGUACAAGAGCAGCCCAUCGCAUUCAGGGGCUAACAACCCUGAUGACCGUGGAACCAAACGUAAGCAUGAGGAGGACGUGAAUGAUGGCUCAGAUAAAGACAUAGAGAAGAUUAUUUAUCCAAGUCCCAAUGCUUUAGAACGGAACUUAAGUUCCACGGGAUUAGUUGGACCCAGGAGAACUAAGUUUGAUAAGUACUUCAUUGACAGAAAGGGGGAAAGUUUAGAUGAGGGAACUAAGGGAGAUAAUUUGACACCAGUAACAAGGGAGACAACUAUACAAAAGUUUUUAGGAGCUCUGCCAUCUCGAACUUCUUACAGUGCUUUUGUGAACUCUAAAAAAGAUUCUAGUCGAAAAUCAGGUACUCUUUACAGAGUAUUCGUUGAUAACAAAAAUGGAUAUGAUUUCAAUCACUCGCACAGUGGGAUCACAGAUGACAAUGUCGGAGUAACUGAUGUACCACCUUCCUCUCCAGAACCAGCUGUGAAGCAGGUGGAAAACACCACCAAUCAGAACAUCCCUGAUCCACGAACGGCCAGGAAUCAGCCAAUAAGAAGUAAAGAAAUUCUGACUGAGACACAGAUUGCAGAUGAAACAUUUGACAAAGUGAAAUCACUAUCAAAGACACCAAAGAAAGUAAGAAAAUCUACAAAACCUGACGAAAAGGAAAUGGAAGCUGGUAAAAAUUCCAAAAAAGACAUUGAGCUGCAAAAAUCCACUGUGACCUUUGCAGACGUUGGUGGCAAUGAUAAAUCUUUGACAGAGAUCUGCAAGCUGUUAGUGCACAUGCGCCACCCCGAGGUGUACCAGCAGCUGGGUGUGACCCCUCCCCGGGGAUUCCUGCUGCACGGGCCCCCUGGCUGUGGCAAGACACUUCUAGCCAAUGCCAUAGCGGGGGAGCUGGAUUUGCCCAUACUGAAGCUGGCGGCCACUGAGAUCGUGUCUGGUGUGUCAGGGGACUCGGAAGCCAAAAUACGGGACUUGUUUGAGAAAGCACAGCAAAAUGCUCCCUGCAUUAUGUUCAUAGAUGAGAUUGACUCCAUCACGCCAAAGAGAGAGACUGCCUCCAAGGAUAUGGAGAGACGUAUAGUGGCUCAACUCCUAGCUUGCAUGGAUGACCUGAACGCAAACCCCAGCUGUCAUGUGCUGGUCAUAGGGGCCACUAACCGCGCUGACUCUCUCGACCCAGCACUGCGCCGCGCAGGCAGGUUUGACCGCGAGAUCUCACUGGGGAUCCCGGACGAGCAGGCAAGACUGAAGAUACUGCAGGUGCUGUGUAGGGGGUUGAGGCUAGAGGCUGGGUUUGACUUCCAGUGCCUGGCCCACACCACUCCUGGCUAUGUGGGUGCAGACCUCAUGGCCCUCACGAGGGAGGCUGCUAUCACAGCAGUAAACAGAGUGUUUCAAGCUCUGCGUGCACAGCCCCAGACAGGCAGUGAUGUCCUGACUCCUGUCUCCAGCGCGUCUAACACAACACUGCCAAGUGUUACUCACUCUGCUAAGACUACCCAUACACUUUACACAUCCUCUGUUGUGGAGGCUGGCACUGAUGACACCAGGCAGGCUGUUAGGGAGGGGAAAAUAGACUCAGUUGACGAAGGCUUAGAAAGAAAAAAUUGUUUAGAUCUUAGAAAUUAUGGUGUUCCAAAAGAAAGCAUCAAUGCUCAACGUACUGACAAUACAUAUUUUGGGGUUCAGAGUUUUGAGGGGAUGGACGCAAGAGAUGCAAGCAAGGUCAGUAUGGAGCAAAGCACUGGAGCUUUGAGUGAUACAGGAGCUUGUGUUGCUGGUUCUGCUGCUAAUAAUUUACAUGAUUUUCCUAAGGAAGGAGUAAAGAUACAGGAGCUAUCAAAAGUGUUGGACAUUACCAGUGAAAGCUACAGUAUUGUGGCAGCAGUAGAUAAAACGUCAUCGGCUGGUAAUACCCUGUCCACUCCCAAAGAAUCUGAACUGCAAUCAGUGUUGUCCUGGCUGAAGGAGCACCCCCCUCUCACAGAGUCCCAGCUGAGAGAUCUCUACAUCACCAUGACAGAUUUCCAGGAGGCCCUGAAGUGUGUUCAGCCAUCUGCCAAGCGCGAGGGGUUUGCAACAGUUCCGGAUGUUACAUGGGAUGAUAUCGGUGCCCUGCAAGACGUCAGGGAAGAGCUGCAGCUAGCGAUACUGGCUCCAGUACGACACCCCGAGCAGUUCCAGAGUCUUGGUCUGACGAGAGCACAAGGCGUGCUGCUUGCCGGGCCACCAGGAUGUGGAAAAACUCUCUUAGCAAAGGCGGUGGCCAACGAGUCUGGGAUCAACUUUAUCUCUGUGAAGGGACCAGAACUGCUCAACAUGUACGUUGGUGAGAGCGAGAGAGCAGUGCGUACUGUCUUCCAGCGGGCACGUAACUCCGCCCCUUGCGUGAUAUUCUUUGAUGAACUGGAUGCACUCUGCCCAAAGCGAUCUGGGCACUCUGAGGGCAACUCCAGUGCGCGGGUGGUGAACCAGCUGCUGACAGAGAUGGAUGGCCUGGAGGAGCGCAGACAGGUCUACAUCAUGGCCGCCACCAACAGGCCAGACAUUAUUGACCCAGCAGUUCUGCGACCAGGGCGUCUGGACAAGACACUGUAUGUUGGACUGCCCUGUUUGGAGGAUAGACUGGAUAUCCUGAACUGUAUCACAAAGAACGGUACCAGGCCUCAGCUGGGUUCAGACGUUUGUCUCUCAGAAAUAGCGGCCGACCAGAGGUGUAACUGCUACACCGGUGCUGAUUUGGCAGCCUUGGUACGUGAGGCGUCCAUAGUGGCCCUGAAGGCAGCCAUUUUGAGGCAGAUGACACAACCCAGUGAGACGAUCAUUGUGAGGAAAGAGCACUUCCAGGCAGCCUUCAGGAAGGUCAAACCUUCAGUGUCAGCAAAGGAUCAUGAAAGGUAUCUCUCAAUGCGGACCAAUUUACAGGCAGACGGGGACCCAGUUACCUAGGGAACCAUGUCUGGGAGACUGAAUCUGUACUACUAGCUAUGGACUCUGGACAUCUACCCGCUCCUCUGUCUGGUGUUAAGAAUUUGUAGUAUUCUUGGAUAAAAAAUGAGAAUGAUGUGCGACUAAGAAAAAACUGAUUAUGUGUCUUGCUCUUACAGUGACACUUCAAAAAGCAUGGUGGCUUCAAAAGUAAUAGACAAAUGCCUUCCUAAGAGCAGUGAUUGUAAACAGACAUUACUAUCUGUAUUAUAACUGGUUUAAAACUGUGUAUGUUAGUAUACGAUUUGUUUAUAAGAAAAACAUUUGCCACUUUUCUGUACCUUUAUUACUGUUACAACAGACUUUAUUACAUCCAUCACAGCAUCCAAAAGUGUUAUAUUUGUUACAUGUAUGUAACAUCAAAUAUUUGCCCUCUACAAACCAGCAGUGUUCUCAAAUGCUGACCCUUAUGUCACAGCAUGCCACAAAGGGUUCACAUUAUGAAUAUAGAAUUAUGUUUCAAAAUAACUUUCUAAAAUACUUUCCUCUUAAACCAAAAGGCUCAAAGGAUUAAUGUUUGUAAUUGUAUAAUUGCAUUAUGGUUCUCUAAAAAUUUGUAAGAAAA